UAGUCCAAGUCAGAGACUCGUCUUGAAUGAAUCUCCUCCUGCAUUGUCCACCCACUUGAUAAUUGAUAUACGACUGUUCCUUCUUCGAAACAGUACUUUAAUCAAACUUCACUGGUGCACUUUACAAAUCUGUAUAUAAACUCCGUUCGAUCUAUUUCAUUUGACAUCAUUCAAUCCAACCUCCUUCGCCUUUUUCAUUACAAUUAUCUCUUGAGUUGCUCUCUUUUUACAGUCCACACUACUUUAUCAAUACUACUAAACAAAAGUUUUAGUGUACUUAUCAGUAAUGCAGAAAAUUAUAGUUUCCCUGGAUCUACACGACGACCGAUCCAAACAGAAGGCCAGGAAAUCAGUUUCUGGACUUUCAGGGGUGAAUUCAGUAUCAACAGAUAUGAAAGACAAGAAGUUAACAGUAAUUGGAGAUGUUGAUGCAAUACUCAUUGUGAGUAAACUAACAAGACACGGUCAUACAACAAUUGUUUCAGUUGGGCCAGCCAAAGAACCAGAGAAGAAGAAAGAGGAACCAGCGAAAACUCCUACAAUAGUUGAUCCUUCUUAUGCUUAUAGACACUAUAAUCCUCAAAUGAACACACAUUAUUACCCGAUUGUUGAUGAAAAUCCUAAUGCUUGUGUUAUUUGUUAACUUUUUUUUCUUCUUGAUAGGUUAAUUGUAGUUCCUAAAUUGGUUUGAUUGAUGAUUUAAACUUUUGGGUACACAUCAAAAAUACAUGGGCUUUGGUUUUCAAGGAUUCUCACCAGAUUCUUCGAUAAAAUCUUUACGGUGUAUAGAAAUGAACCGACCAAUAUGCAGUUGGUUUGGAGAAUAUUGCCAUCGGUAGUUUCAUGAUGUUCAUUAUCUACCGGUUGUGAUAGCAGUCUCAAAUAUAAUUUUUUCAAAACUUACAAAACUCUUAAUUUAU